AUGUCCUUCUCUGUCGAUCUAGGAAACUACACAAAACCAUUAGCCUACUUAGGUCUCUUCACCCUCGGAAAAACCGCCCUAUCCAUCACCCGCCAAGCAACAACCUACCUCCUGCCCAGCACCCUCCGCGAACGCUACAACCCCACUCAAUCAAACUGGGCCCUAGUCACCGGCGCAACAGACGGAAUCGGAUUUGGGUUUAGCCAAGAGCUCUGUAAGCGAGGAUUCAAUGUCAUCCUGCACGGUCGUAGUGCCGAGAAACUCGACCGCCGCCGUCGCGAACUCCAAGAGCUAUUCCCCGCCACGCAUGUCGCCGUAAUCAUGCGUGAUGCACAGAAUUUGACUGCUGAUAUCGAUGCCGUGGAUGGCGAGGUGCGCGAGAUUAUUCGCGCUGCUGGUGUUGGCGCCUUGACCGUGCUUAUUAAUAACGUCGGUGGUGAGACCAGACCGUCUACGCUUCUGAAGGAGUAUAGCUUUGAAAAUGUCCAGGAUACCAUUGCGCGGAAUGCGACGUUUGCUAUUCAGAUUACGCGUGUUCUUGCGGCGCAGCUGGAAGAGAAUGCGCCUGGGCUGGUGCUGAAUGUCUCUUCGGUCGCGGGGUUCGGGUUGCCAUAUAUCAGUAUUUAUAGCUCUACGAAGGGAUUUGUGGAUUCGUUUACAAAGUCGCUGUAUGCGGAGUUUGUUUCCGAGGGGAAGGAUGUUGAGGUCAUGGGGUUGCGAGUUGCUGAGGUGAGGACUGCUGCGUAUGAUGUGAAGAGUACCUUGUUUGUCCCUGAGGCGAGAGUACUGGCUAGUGCGGCGUUGGAUCGGGUUGGCUGUGGGCAGGAGAUUGUAUGGGCUUAUUUCUGGCAUUGGCUGCAGGGCUUGUCGUUUGAUUAUCUGCCUCGUUGGAUGUUGAUCAAGUUUGCCGCCAUGAAGAUGAAGGCGAUCAGGGCUGAUAUGGACGCCAAGGCGAAGAGCAGUUGA